CGUAAAAUUUUCUUAAAUGUCUCGAGAUAUUGGCGACAUCAACAGAGAAUCUCUGGAAGCAUAUAAAGAAUAUGAAGCAUGCUUAACUACUACCAUGUAUGGCGAUACAUAUUUGGACCCUGAAAAAUGUAAAGCCAGGGGUUUUGAUCCAAUCAAAGCAUUUGAAGAAGAAGAAGAAAGAAUCGAUUUGUCUUUGGAAUGGAUUGAAAGAACAACAAAAGAAAAAGGAUUUCGCGCUCAAUUCCAGGAAUGGCUUGACAAAGCUCCGCAAGAAUUUGUAAAUAAAGAUCCGAAAUCUCUAGUUUACUUUGACGACUUGGAUGGCUCUCCAAAGAAAGGAAAUAAGAGUAAAAAGCUAUCCAAAAAGAAAAUUCGUUCUUUACUGAGCAAAGCUUCACACUUUGUGGACCGUAAAGUCAAACUUGAUGAUGGAUUCUGUGUUAAGAUUGUUAAGGUCAUUAGUGCGAAGAUGGACAAAGACGGUGUUUUUUUAGAGGUGGAAGAAAAAGUGGGAGAUGAAUUAGAAUAUUACGAAAUUAUGUAUCAGCAAGAUAUGAUUAGAUUAUAAUUUACUUAUUCUUUGAUUGACGUAAACAACCUCAUUUACCCAAAUUAUGUAUCUUUGGUCAUAAUAAUAUUCGUUUAACGCAAUAAAGUAAAUCGGCAACUUUAUCAAUUGAUGCUGGGACUCGCAUUAAAUGGCCUAGGAUCCGCGUA